AGUCGACGACGGUCUGCGAUUGCGCGCAGUUCAAAACAAGUUGCUAAAAUCUUAGCAAGGCCUAAACUGCAUGCAGACUUGUGAGCUGCCCGUUCAAGCCAAAGAAGGCAAAACUUAGUACUGUGCGUGUGUUACUGUGCUACUGUGUGUGCUAACGAAUGAAAAAGAAAAAUAACCACCAAAAAAUACACCGAAAAACAUUUAAAAAAUAGUUUUUGUCAAAUUAUUGUGCACGUCUUCGGUGGGUUGUGCAAUUUGCCAAAAAGGCAUUACCGAUAAGGAGAGGCACAAUAAGAAAAUAAAAGCCAAAAGAGCUAAUUGUUUGUUUUGCGGCAAACCGAAAAGGAAACUGGCCAACAACUGGACACGGGCAUAGAAAACUUGAUUUAAUACAACAUGUCCACCAGCACAUCAGCCUGUGAUUGUUUGGUGGGCGUGCCCACCGGCCCAACACUCGCUUCUACAUGCGGCGGCAGCGCAUUUAUGCUGUUCAUGGGUCUACUUGAGGUGUUCAUACGCUCCCAAUGCGAUCUGGAGGAUCCCUGUGGACGCGCCAGCUCAAGGUUUCGUUCGGAGCCAGACUAUGAGUACGAUUUCAUUGUCAUUGGCGGCGGCUCGGCGGGCUCUGUGGUUGCGUCGCGUCUCUCCGAGGUGCCGCAGUGGAAAGUGCUACUCAUUGAAGCCGGUGGCGAUGAACCCGUGGGCGCUCAAAUACCCUCCAUGUUCCUAAACUUCAUUGGCAGCGACAUCGACUACCGUUAUAACACAGAACCAGAGCCCAUGGCUUGCUUGUCCUCGAUGGAGCAGCGGUGCUAUUGGCCGCGUGGCAAGGUCUUGGGUGGAACGUCGGUAAUGAAUGGCAUGAUGUACAUACGCGGCAAUCGUGAGGACUAUGAUAACUGGGCGGCACAGGGCAAUCCCGGCUGGUCGUACAACGAUGUGUUGCCGUUCUUUAAAAAAUCCGAAGAUAAUCUCGAGCUAGAUGCGGUUGGCACCGAAUACCAUGCCAAGGGCGGCCUUUUGCCUGUGGGCAAGUUCCCCUACAAUCCGCCACUGUCCUAUGCCAUACUCAAGGCUGGCGAGGAAUUGGGUUACUCGGUGCAAGACCUCAACGGGCAGAACUCCACGGGAUUCAUGAUCGCCCAAAUGACCGCACGUAAUGGCAUUCGCUAUAGUUCAGCGAGAGCGUUCCUACGACCCGCACGCAUGCGCAGCAAUUUGCAUAUUUUGCUGAACACAACCGUUACGAAGGUGCUGAUUCAUCCGCACACAAAGAACGUGCUGGGUGUGGAGGUCAGCGAUCAGUUUGGCAGCAUGCGCAAGAUUAUGGCCAAGAAGGAGGUGAUUCUCAGCGCGGGUGCCGUCAAUUCCCCACAAAUACUCCUGCUCAGCGGCGUGGGACCCAAGGAGGAGCUGAAACAGGUGAAUGUGCGACCCGUGCACAAUUUGCCAGGCGUGGGCAAGAAUCUGCAGAAUCACGUGGCCUUUUUUACCAACUUCUUUAUCGAUGAUGCGGACACAGCGCCGCUCAACUGGGCCACCGCCAUGGAGUAUUUACUUUUCCGCGAUGGGUUGAUGUCGGGCACGGGCAUUUCUGAUGUUACCGCCAAGGUGUCCUCGCGCUAUGCCGAUCGACCAGAUCUGCCUGAUCUACAGCUGUACUUUGGCGGCUAUUUGGCCAGCUGCGCACGCACAGGUCAAGUGGGUGAACUGCUCACGAACAACUCACGCUCCAUACAAAUCUUUCCUGCCGUACUGAAUCCUAGAUCCCGCGGUUAUAUUCAGCUACGAUCCGCCGAUCCCCUGGAUCCGCCACGCAUUUUUGCCAACUACCUGACCGAUGAUCAUGAUGUGAAGGCCCUGGUGGAUGGCAUUAAGUUUGCCAUAAGACUAUCGCAGAGCUCGCCUCUCAAGCAGUACGGCAUGCGCCUGGACAAGACCGUCGUAAAGGGUUGCGAAUCGCACACCUUUGGCAGCGAUGCUUACUGGGAGUGUGCGGUGCGUCAGAACACCGGACCAGAGAAUCAUCAGGCGGGUAGCUGCAAAAUGGGUCCGCAGCAAGAUCCCAUGGCCGUUGUCAAUCACGAGCUGAGGGUACAUGGCAUACGAGGAUUGCGUGUGAUGGACACAAGCAUUAUGCCCAAGGUAACAGCGGGUAAUACACACGCACCGGCGGUGAUGAUCGCGGAGAAGGGCGCCUAUCUAUUGAAACGGGCCUGGGGCGCCAAGGUCUGACGUGUGGAUGCAACGUGGACGCUGCAUAGAGUAAUUUAA